CAUCACUUAAUCAUUCGCUGUUAUCGGAAUAUGAUCAUGCGCAGAGCAUUCUCGAGACACAUCUUUUCCAAGGGGUGCUCAAACCUCCAAUCAAAAUUGCGGGCUGUCGGGGCCGGCCGCACCAUCCAUGUAACCCGCGCCGCACAGUACAAAGAUGCCAUGCCUGCUGAGGCGAAUCAGCUGCUUAAGGAGGAGGGCUACAACUACCUAGACGUCCGCACCGCCGAGGAGUUUUCCGCGGGCCACGCGCCCUCUGCCGUCAACGUGCCGGUGGUUUUCCUGGGCUCUGGCGGCAUGUCGCCCAACCCCGCCUUCCUGUCGGAUGUGCAACGAGUCUUCCCCAAGAAGGACGAGGCGCUGGUGGUGGGCUGUAAAUCCGGCCGGAGAUCACUGAUGGCCAUUGACGCCAUGUCACAGGCGGGCUACAGCAACCUGGUCAACGUUGUAGGGGGGUUUGACUUGUGGGCGGCUCAGGGCCUCCCAGUGGAGAGGUAGUAGCAUUUCUGUCUGUGUGUCUGCCUGUGUCUGUGUCUGUGUCUGUGUGUAAUCCCCCGGGGGGCCCCCAAAUGGAGGAAAGGGACGAGGAAAAGUAGAUGAUGGGCGGAAAUGUAUCUGUUUGAAGAGCUGGACGAGGAGGAGGACAUGGCGCUAAGAGGUACCUAGCGUCACCAGUCUCUGCUGCUUCAGGAGGAUGCGGCGGAGCGGCUUGGAUGGCGGUAGACUUGCCGUAUUGUUACAAUUUAGAUACUACGUCCGUG